AUGGGGGAAAAGGUACGCGGGGGGGAGGGGAGACGGGGAGCCAGGAAGGCAUUAAAAGGGAAAAGGGCAGGUGGUGAAGCUCAGAUUCUUUCUCUCAAAGACUCACCAGCCCGUUCCCCCCCACCUCCUAGGCUCACCUGCCCAUCCUCCUCCCCCUCCACCGCAUGUGCCUCACCCUCCUGUCCUCCCCCCUCUCACCCCUCCACUCCCCCCACCAACUCCGCCUCAGCAACCAUGCGCAUGGCUGCCUUCCCAUCCACCACCAGCCUCAGCAACCCACUGCUCCCUGCUUCCUCACAGACAGCUCUUAACACCUUCCCACCCUUUUCCCUUCCCUCUGUUCAUCCCCUCAGCUAUCCCCUUCCUGGACUCACCUGUCCGUCCUCCUCCCCUUCUACUGCAUGCCCUUCCGCCCCCUCUCCUCCCCCAUCUCUCCCCCCCACUCCCCCCACCAUCUCCGCCUCAGCAGCCAUGCGCUUCGCCGCCUUCCCAUCCACCACCACAGGUAAAAGCCCCACCGCUCCCUGCUUCUUUAUACUCUUCACUCCACCUCCCUCCUUCCCUUCCCUUGCUCCUCCCUCUCCUGCCCCCCUGCCCGCCUCCCUAGAUGCUGCUGCUGCUACAGCUGCUGUUAUGUUUGCCUGA